UAACAGUUAACAGCAGCAAAAUAUACUAAAUAAUGCCACACGCAAACAGAUGGCAAUGCGACUUUUGGACUUUCUGCGUCUAAUACUGUGGCAGUUUAAUUUUGUAUAAAAAACCAACAUGUUUGCUAACAACACCCGCAAUAUCGUACGCGGCAGCUUCUUGCAGCGUUGCAAGAGCACCUUGGUCGUGGCGGAGCACAACAAUGAGACACUAAACCCACUCACGCUGAACACCAUCACGGCGGCCAAGAAGAUCGGUGGUGACGUCACAGUUCUGGUAGCAGGCACAAAAUGUGGACCCGCCUCUGAAGCUGUGGCCAAGGUCGAGGGCGUUACUAAAGUUUUGGUUGCUGAGAAUGCCGCAUUCAAGGGCUUCACUCCAGAAUCCCUGACUCCCUUAGUCCUGGCUGCUCAAUCACAAUUUAAGUUUACGCACAUUUUGGCCGGCGCCUCAGCCUUUGGCAAGAAUGUGCUGCCACGUAUUGCCGCCAAGUUGGACGUGUCGCCUAUUUCUGAGAUUAUCGAUGUCAAGUCGGAGGAUACUUUUGUGCGCACCAUCUAUGCGGGCAAUGCCAUACUCACGCUUAAGUCAAAGGAUGCAGUGAAGGUUAUCACAGUGCGUGGCACGAAUUUCCCUCCAGCUGCCACUAGCGGAGGAAACGGUGCUGUGGAACAGGCACCAGCUGGCGACUAUGCCAGCAGUCUGUCCGAAUUCGUUUCGCAGGAACUGACCAAGUCAGAUCGCCCUGAACUAACGGGCGCCAAGGUCAUCAUCUCUGGAGGCCGUGGACUCAAGUCUGGUGACAACUUCAAACUGCUUUACGAUCUGGCUGACAAGUUUGGCGCUGCUGUUGGCGCCUCUCGUGCCGCUGUCGAUGCUGGCUAUGUGCCCAACGAUCUGCAGAUUGGACAGACUGGCAAAAUUGUGGCCCCUGAGUUAUACGUCGCUGUGGGCAUCUCUGGUGCCAUUCAACAUUUGGCUGGCAUGAAGGAUUCGAAGACGAUUGUAGCGAUCAACAAAGAUCCCGAGGCUCCUAUUUUCCAGGUGGCCGACAUUGGUCUCGUAGCGGAUCUGUUCAAGGCUGUGCCCGAGCUAACUGGCAAAUUGUAGAAAAGUGCCUAAUAGUUUAUAAAGCUAAUUGAUUCUAUCAAAUGUACUAUUUGAUGUGUUGCAUUUAUUUGAAACUAGUUUCUUAUCAACUGCCCGCUGUUCACCGGCUGUGCGUUGUCAUAAUUGUUUGCCUUUGCCUUUGUUGUUGUCUAAUAAAAACUCAGCCGAACGUCUGACUAUA